ACACUCUCCUUCCCUGCAGCAGUUGUCUCCAGCCACACUUCCAACACUCUGUAAAGACUCGCCGAUGGAGAAGAAUCUGCAAGUGGUGGCAAAGUUUCUAUAAUUGAAACAUUUGCUUGAAAUUACCUAAACUGGUUCAGUCAGUUACAUUAUUUUGUUCUCUGAGCAUUGAGAAUAGGAAUGGGGAGUAGCAAUGAAGAAAAACUCAGGUUUUGUAUUGAUAGAGGGGGUACUUUCACUGAUGUUUAUGCUGAAAUUCCGGGUCAGUCUGGAGGUCGAGUUAUGAAGCUGUUGUCUGUUGACCCUUCUAACUAUGAUGAUGCUCCCAUAGAAGGAAUUCGGAGAAUUUUGGAAGAAUUUACUGAGAAGAAGAUUCCCCGGACUUCAAAAAUCCCCACCGAUAAGAUAGAAUGGAUUAGGAUGGGUACUACCGUGGCAACAAAUGCACUGUUAGAGAGAAAAGGGGAGAGGAUUGCGCUGUGUGUGACUCGAGGUUUCAGGGAUCUUCUGCAGAUUGGUAAUCAGGCUCGCCCAAACAUCUUUGACCUCACUGUUUCAAAACCUUCGAAUCUUUAUGAGGAGGUUAUAGAGGUUGAUGAGAGAGUUGAGCUUGUUCUUGACAAGGAGGAAUCAAACCCGGAUAAUAAAUCACUAGUUAGAGGGGUUUCAGGGGAGCUUAUCAGAAUUGUGAAGCCACUCAAUGAAGAAGCUCUAAAGCCUUUACUGAAAGGUCUGUUGGAGAAAGGAAUUAGCUGCCUAGCAGUGGUGUUAAUACAUUCCUACACUUACCCACAGCAUGAGAUAUCUAUAGAAAAAUUAGCUGUGAAUUUGGGCUUCAAACACGUUUCUUUAUCAUCUGCUUUGACCCCUAUGGUUCGAGCCGUACCUCGGGGCCUAACGGCUAGUGUGGAUGCCUAUUUAACCCCAGUUAUCAAAGAGUAUUUGUCAGGGUUCAUUUCCAAAUUUGAUGAAGGGCUGGGGAAGGUAAAUGUUUUGUUUAUGCAAUCUGACGGAGGGCUUGCACCAGAAAGUAGAUUUUCAGGCCACAAGGCAGUUUUGUCAGGUCCAGCGGGUGGUGUUGUUGGUUACUCACAGACUCUAUUUGGGCUUGAAACAGAAAAGCCCUUAAUCGGGUUUGACAUGGGUGGUACAUCUACCGAUGUGAGCCGUUAUGCAGGAAGUUAUGAACAAGUUCUUGAAACCCAGAUUGCUGGAGCCAUAAUCCAAGCACCUCAGCUUGACAUAAACACUGUUGCUGCUGGUGGUGGCUCAAAGUUGAAGUUUCAGUUUGGAGCUUUCCGAGUGGGACCAGAAUCGGUGGGCGCACACCCCGGUCCAGUGUGUUAUCGGAAAGGCGGGGAGUUGGCUGUUACUGAUGCAAAUCUUAUUUUGGGAUUUGUAAUUCCUGAUUAUUUCCCAUCAAUUUUUGGCCCCAGUGAGGAUCAGCCAUUAGAUAUUGAGGCAACCAGAGAAGAAUUUGAGAAACUUGCAAAGCAAAUUAAUUCCUACAGAGAGAGUCAGGAUCCAUCAGUAAAGGACAUGACAGUAGAGGAGAUUGCACAGGGAUUCGUGAAUGUUGCUAAUGAAACAAUGUGUCGUCCAAUACGGCAAUUAACUGAGAUGAAGGGCCAUGAGACAAGGAACCAUGCUCUUGCUUGCUUUGGAGGUGCGGGGCCCCAACAUGCUUGUGCCAUUGCAAGGUCAUUGGGUAUGAAAGAGGUACUAAUUCACAGGUUCUGCGGAAUUUUAAGUGCAUAUGGGAUGGGAUUGGCAGAUGUUAUUGAAGAGACACAAGUGCCAUAUUCUGCUGUUUACGAACCUGAUUCUGUCCAUGAGGCCUCUCAAAGAGAAGCAACUUUGUUGAAGCAGGUAAAGCAGAAGCUGCAAGAGCAAGGGUUUAGAGAGGAAAACAUCACGACAGAAACAUACUUAAAUUUGAGGUACGAGGGAACAGAUACUGCCAUCAUGGUAAAGAGACAAACAAAUGAGGAUGGGUCAGGACAUGACUAUGCUAUUGAAUUUGUUAAACUGUUCCAGCAAGAGUAUGGAUUCAAACUUCAGAACAGGAAUAUCGUUAUAUGUGAUGUAAGGGUUCGUGGAAUCGGAGUCACUAAUAUUUUGAGGCCACGGGCCCUAGAGUGUGGCUCUGGUGCCCCCAAAGUCGAAGGGGCAUACAAGGUUUACUUCAAGAAUGGGUGGCACAAUACACCUCUAUUCAAGCUUGAGGGUCUGAGUUACAGACAUGUCAUUCCUGGCCCUGCAAUAAUCAUGAAUGGUAAUAGUACUGUGAUAGUAGAACCCAACUGUAAAGCUAUUAUUACUAAAUAUGGCAACAUUAAAAUUGAAAUUGAGUCAACAACUAGCACCAUAAAAGUGGCAGAAAAAGUUGCAGAUGUUGUGCAGCUCUCAAUCUUCAAUCACAGGUUUAUGGGUAUAGCUGAACAGAUGGGACGUACCCUACAGAGAACUUCCAUAUCAACAAAUAUCAAGGAAAGGCUAGAUUUCUCUUGUGCUCUCUUUGGACCUGACGGAGGACUAGUCGCCAAUGCUCCCCAUGUUCCUGUGCACUUAGGAGCUAUGUCCAGUACAGUACGGUGGCAGCUUAAUUAUUGGGGUGACAAUUUGAAUGAAGGUGACGUUUUAGUUACAAAUCAUCCUUGUGCUGGAGGUAGCCACCUACCUGAUAUAACUGUUAUCACACCUGUCUUUGAUAAGGGGGAGUUGGUAUUCUUCGUGGCAAGUAGAGGACAUCAUGCAGAGAUUGGGGGUAUCACUCCUGGAAGUAUGCCACCUUUUUCGAAGUCCAUCUGGGAAGAAGGUGCUGCCAUAAAAGCAUUCAAGCUUGUAGAGAAGGGGAUCUUUCAAGAAGAUGGGAUCAUCAAACUUCUCAAAUUUCCAUGUUCUGAUGAAUCAACUCAUAAUAUUCCAGGAACACGUAGGAUUCAAGACAACUUGUCAGAUCUUCGAGCACAAGUAGCUGCAAACCAGAGAGGAAUUUCCCUUAUUAAAGAGCUUAUUGAACAGUAUGGUUUGGAGACUGUUCAGGCUUACAUGACCUAUGUGCAAGUUAAUGCAGAAGGGGCAGUGAGAGAAAUGCUCAAGUCAGUUGCCGCUAGAGUUUUAUCAGAGUCAGCUAAGCUCGGGGAGAGAGGUUCUGUGACCAUUGAAGAAGAAGAUUACAUGGAUGAUGGUUCUGUUAUACAUCUAAAACUCAAUAUUGAUCCUGAGAGAGGUGAAGCAGUUUUUGAUUUUUCUGGGACCGGCCCAGAAGUUUAUGGGAAUUGGAAUGCACCUGAAGCAGUUACAGCUGCUGCAGUCAUAUACUGCCUCCGCUGUCUGGUGGAUGUUGAGAUUCCUCUUAAUCAGGGUUGUUUGGCUCCUGUUAAAAUCCAUAUUCCUGUGGGAUCAUUCCUCUCUCCAAGUGAUAAGGCAGCCGUUGUGGGAGGUAAUGUUCUUACGUCUCAGAGAAUAACUGAUGUUGUACUCACUGCAUUUCAGGCUUGUGCCUGUUCUCAGGGUUGCAUGAAUAAUCUUACAUUCGGGGAUGACACUUUUGGCUACUACGAGACAAUUGGAGGUGGAAGUGGGGCUGGCCCCAGCUGGGAUGGGACCAGUGGAGUCCAAUGCCACAUGACGAAUACUCGUAUGACUGACCCAGAGAUCUUUGAGCAGAGGUAUCCAGUUAUUUUGCAUAAAUUUGGACUGAGAGAGAACAGUGGAGGUGCUGGACUUCAUACAGGGGGUGAUGGGCUUGUAAGGGAGAUAGAAUUCAGGCGCCCAGUUGUUGUGAGCAUUCUUUCUGAAAGGCGCGUUCAUGCACCAAGAGGACUAAAGGGAGGAAAAGAUGGAGCUCGUGGAGUUAACUACCUUAUUACGAAGGACGAGAGGAGAGUAUAUCUUGGAGGUAAAAACACAAUUGAGUUGCAGGAAGGAGAAGUUCUUCAUAUUUUAACUCCUGGUGGUGGUGGAUGGGGAUCUAUUUGAUUCUCCAUUGGGCAGAUUUUCAAAAGGUGAGUUUUGUUUUUCAUGCUGGCAAAUGUUGUUUUCUUGUUCUUCAGGGUUUUAUAAUAACUUGAUUUUAGAAUACAGGGAGUCAAGAAUGUAAGAAAUACAUGGUUGCAUGGGGGAUGAAGUAAUUAUCCUUCACCUAUAAAAAAGGGAAAAAUAAAAGUUUUUUUUUGUCCUCUUUUUCUUCCAUAGAACAAUAAAAUUCUCGAUGGAAAUUAUGAAAUUCGAAUGUUGUUGUGAACUAUGUUGGACAUAUGAAAAAUGUGAAAAGAUUCGCGUGCUUGCUUUUUGUGCAA